CUUCUACUUCUCUCUCUCUCUCUCUCUCUCAAGCUUUGAUAAUGGCGAGGGGCUACGGAGAGGAGGGUUCAUCCGCGGGUGAGCAGACCGGGUAUCUCUGCUGCGCUCUGGGUUUUGUCUGAGCUGGGGGAAGCCUACAACACUACUGUCACUGCGCCAGCUUUUCUCCUUCUCUCUCUCUCUCUCUCUCUCUAGAGUUGGGUUUCUCUUGCUCUUUCUCUUUCUCUUUCUCUUUUUUCCCCUCGCUAUCUGUCUAGAGAGUAGAUGAAUACUGGUGGAUGGAGGCCGCCGUUCACGGCGGCGCAGUGGCAGGAGCUGGAGCACCAGGCACUAAUCUUUAAAUACAUGAUGGCGGGGGUGCCGGUGCCUCAGGAGCUCCUUAUCCCAAUACGGAGGAGCUUUGAGGCCCUCUCAUCUCGUUACUAUCAGCAUCCUGCCUUGGGGUACUGUUAUUAUGGUAAGAAGCUAGACCCAGAACCAGGGAGGUGCAGGAGGACUGAUGGAAAGAAAUGGCGGUGCUCGAAAGACGCCUACCCUGACUCUAAGUACUGCGAGCGCCAUAUGCACAGGGGCCGCAACCGUUCAAGAAAGCCUGUGGAAACUCAAACCAUCUCCCAGUCUCAGUCAUCUUCAUCAACGGUGACGUCUCUCGCUCCCUCUGGGAGCAGCAGCAGCUUCCAGAGUGCUACUCCUCUGCAUGCUGUCACUGGUACCGGCAACAAUCCACAGGGCUCGUUCAGUGUUGGCAGCAGUGGUGGCAGUUCCUCCAGGCUUCAUGUUGAUCCUGGUUCUUACGGCAUGGCCAGUAAAGAUUACAGGUACCUCCAGGGAGUACUGAAACCUGAUGUUGAUGAGCAUAGUUUCUUUUCUGAAGCAUCUGGGAGUGCAAGGGGUAUGGGAAUGGACUCUUCUCUUGACAGCUCCUGGCGUCUGAUGCCAUCACAAGUCUCCUCAUUCCCCCUGUCGAAAACUGGAAACUCCGGUUCACUUCUGCAGAGCAAUUAUCCUCCGCCGCUCCAUUCACUGCAUGAUCUUGGGCAGACUUCAAUGAGCUCAUUAUCAAUGCAGCACCAGCACCAGCACCAGCACCAGCAGCAGCAGCAGCAUUCCUUAUUCGGGGCUGAAUUUGGUUCAUCGGACUCUGUGAAGCAUGAAAGCCAAUCACUGAGACCUUUCUUCGAUGAAUGGCCAAAGACGAAGGACUCCUGGUCCGACCUUGAAGAUGAUAGGUCCAACCGGACAUCGUACUCUACAACUCAGCUCUCAAUCUCCAUACCGAUGGCCUCAUCGGAUUUCUCCACCACUAGUUCAAGGUCACCUAAUGAUGAUUGAAAACCAACCAGACUGGGUGGUAAUGUUCUUGGGAAUCCACUGUCCUAUGAAAAACAUACAGUACCUAUCUUUCAUUCUAUGCCUCUCUGAUCAGUCUGACUCUGAUGGAUUGUCUCUGGUUUCAAUGACAUUCUUUUCUUUAUUUCAUGUUCUGCAUUGCUUGUCUUAACUUCAGAAAUCCUUAUUUAUCAAGGAAUAAGAGUUAAUGCAGUCAAUAGGACCAUCUCAGAAUGCAAAUAUAUUCCAGGUUUAGAUACAUAUAUGUUUUUCAGUAUUUACUUGCAGCUUAUUUACUUAGUCUGUGCUGCUGCUGCUGCAAUGCUGCUUAGUUUUUUACUUCAAUCCUGCUUCUUUGUUCCCUGGAAUUGGCAUUAUUUUGAUGCCGAGAGAGGGAACCUCUUAGAAAAAUACUUGAAAUAGUAAAAAGAUGACCAUAUAAUCACAUGCAUAGUGUUUGGUUGGUAUUAAUGGGGACCAAGACCAAUUGGUCUUUGUUGGGUCCCAUGAUAGAGA